CGUGGGAGGAGCCGGGCGCGGGCCCGGGCGCGUCGCGCCGCCAUGGGGGUGACGGUGGACGUGCGGCAGGUGUACAAGUACCCCUUCGAGCAGGUGGUGGCCAGCUACCUCCGCAAGUAUCCCAGUCCCAUGGAGAAACAUGUCACAGCUGUAAAAACAGUGGAAGAGAAAAAUGAUUUGUCUACAGGAAUUGUUUACAGGAGGAGAAUUGCAACAUGUCAGAAUGUAAUUCCAGAAAUCUUAAGAAAGGUGAGUGUCUUACAAGUGUCUGAAAUCUACUUAGAAGAGGAAUCUUGGCUUAAUGCGCAGGAAAGAACUAUGGUUCUGAAAACACAUUGCCUUACCUGGACAAAAUUUGCAUCUCUGAGUGAAGAAUCUGUCUUCAGGAAAAGUUUGGAAAAUCCAAAUUGGACAGAGUUCAUACAGAAGGGCAGAAUAUCCAUUACAGGGGCUGGGUUGCUCAACUGCGUAUUGGAAGCUUUUGCUCAAGCAUUUCUCAAUCAAGGUGUGAAGAAGGGAAUUAAAAUAAUGGAGACACUUCUACAGGAACAAUAUGGGUGCCCAUUUUCGUAAUAAUGAACAAUAUGUAUGACAUCGAUUUAAAAAAAAAAAAAAAGGAGGAAAAGUGUCUGUCUUAAGUUUCACCAGAGCAAUAUUUCUUUAUUGCUAUCACAGUUUCUACAGAAGUUACUCAAACUUUAUUUGCACCAUUUUAAUUGAGGAAAGGGAAGAUUUCAGAUGCACAGCUUGAAGAGAAGAUGUCCAUUAUCUAUAAGUCCUUUUGGGAAGACUUAAGGAAUUAUGCUAUUUAAAGGGACUUUAUGGUUGUAAUUUUGUAAAUAGUAUCAUGGAUUUAUCAUGUUAUCUCCACUAAAAGAGAACAUGUGGCAAGAAAAAACCCAAAAAGCUAUAUAUGCAAUGAAGAGAUCUUCUGUUAAACCAGCUGCCCUGAGUCUUAUCAAAAAAGGUAUGAAAAAUGCUUGCGGACUGUUUGGUUUACAUCUUAAUUCUUAGGGGCAGAAAUUCUUCUCUACAGCAAGGAGAGAGGUAGUUAGCCAUGUCUUCUACAGAAAGGAUGAUCUUCAGUAAUCUGGCCAAAAGGGGAAUGCAUGUUAAAGAAUUGCCAUGCUGUACAGAUUUAAUAUUUCCAACGUAUUUGCAGAAGUUUAGGGGUGGAAGGGACCUUGUGAGACCUGCAGAACUUGGAAGAAAAAAAAGAGAUUAAAGCUUCCUUCAGAAGUUAUGUAUGCAGCCCAUUGAAUUAUGCAAAUAUUCCUUUGAAUGUGAACCAGUACAAAGUUUUUCUGUCGAGUCCGUAGGGAGAGCAAAACAGGUAGCUUGGAGAUAGGUGUGACUAUACCCGUUUGUGACCAUCACUUCAGUGAAAAGAAAACUAAUGAUGACAAUGAAAUGUCAACAUCAAGAUUUUAGUGCUCAUCAUUUUGAUAGAAACAUCCAAGUUACAUACCCGUACCAGUGUGGUAGGAUUCAUUUGGAAGGAUGUUCUACAGAUAUAAAUGUCUCUGUUCUGGCAGAUGUUCUCUUUUUGUUGCCUUCUGAUAGGAGAAGAGGGAAACUAACGGGAUUAGAAGGUCUCUGAGUAAAGUCCUUAAAGAAGGAGUGAGAUCUUAUGGACAGGGGUACAUGCAGUUCAAUAGAACAAUUUUGGUUAAAACUUCCAUUCAAGAUGCAGGUAACUUUGUGUCAGAAUUUGUCAUGCCAAGUAAUGCCUUUCUCCACAAUUUAGGAAGUAUAAAAUGGUACCAAGUGUUCGCAUCUGAGCAUGGGCUCGUCUCUCCUUGAAGAGGAGAAAUUUUGGCAGAUAAUGCUGCUUUGUAAAAUGCAAGAGUUAAGGAUUUCUUAGGGUGAUAUCUUUUAUUGGACCAACUAUGCUGGUCUUGCAUUUGAAAGCUUGUCUAAUUUUAUCCCAGCUAUAUAGUUGGUCCAAUAAAAAGACAUCACCCUAAGAAGUUCUUGCCUCUUGCCUAAUCUCUGGACCUUCGUGGGUACAAUAUCACUCCUACAUUAUGUAAAAUGUUAGGAUCUUUACUAUCCGUGAAGAACAGAUAGGCAGGACUUACUCUACUAAGUUGUUACUGGAACAGCUCAAAGAGAGGUAGAUAUGGAGCACAUUUUUAACUGGCUGAUCAAUUAGCAGUAUAUUUCCUUGAUUAGGAAAAUAGUUGAUUUGCUGUUAUUCAUUAUGUUUAACCAUAGGGUACGUAAAACUUUUGUGAAGAAAAAUCUUCUCCAGUGUGAGCUAAUAGAGCUAAAAAGGACUUGAUCAGCUAUCAGGCAUACAAACAGAAGCGAACACUUGCAAACAAUUUAAAAGCGAAUGCAUCCUUCUGAAAAGCUGAUCCUGAAUUUGCAAUUCAUAUAUUCAAUAUUUUUACAUGACAAAAAUCUUAUAGUUCAUUACACUAAAGGCAUGACAUGGCAUGCACUUCAGGUUGAAGAGGGUGAGUAAAAGGGCAAACAAGUAAGUGUAAGAAAGCAUGUUCAUGUAUUUGAAAGCAAUGGUGAUGUUUUCUUUGACAUGUCCAUCACUGUAAACUUUAAUUGAUUCUUACAUUUGGAAUAAUGUGCUUUAUUUUUGUUUCCUAUUGUUUAUAUUUUUCACAGAGCAUGUUGAUCCUAACUAGGACAUAUUUUGGCUUUGUUACACAGUUUUUAGUAGAUUGGGUUGUGAAUGAAUAAUUUAGAUAAAAUAGACAAAAAAAAAAUCUUAGAGGAUGACUCCCCCCAGGAAAAGCAGGGAGAAAGAGACCAAGAACAUUUAUGUGGUUACUUUACCUCAUCAGACCAUUCACUAUUACUGAGUCAGUUUGUGGAGGGAAGCUAAGCUUUUUCCCCUCCUUGCACUCUUUGUUCUUUGAGAUGAUAACCCUGUAUAUAAUAUUAGCCUGAUUAUGGUAACAGCUUUUGUUAGAAAUAUAACUUUAUAAAUACUGUAGAGAUUCAAAUAGGAAAAGUACAUGGGAUCCAGCUAACUGAUUGGAGUUGGGGGGGGACCCUAAAUAAUAAUAAAAUUAAUCUAAUAUGUCUCGGAGAUACCACUUUGCUCCCUUCUUUGGGCCUGUCUACACAUUACAUUUAUGCAACACCGUGUUAAUAGUGGCAUAAAUGGCAAUGGUGCUACAUGUGCACCCAGUUAUAGAUUUAAGAUGCCAUAAAAAUGUUCUACAUUUUAAGGAUGGUUUGUAUGGUGUAUUAAAUUGAACAAGUGGCUUAUUGUUGCUCCUGGCUUUGGGACUGCACCAGAGUUUCAGACCAACUGUGGUGCUGCCCUGGGGCUGGUGCUGACAAUUGGCUGAUUAUUAGUUCCAGUUCUGGGAUGGCACUGGGGUUUCAAACCGGUUGCAGUGCUGUCUUAGGGUCUGGGCCAACAGUAAGCUGAUUGCACUGGGUCCUGCCAGGCUCCAGUCACCUGGCUUUCAAUGUGAUCCUGUGCUCCCUCUGCACUGCCAAGUAGAAAGGGCAUAAUUGUGAUCUGAUGAUCUCUGAUCCCAAAAUUGUGCCUCCUGGUACAUACACAUGGCAUGGCAGGAGGCAUGAUUGUUGGAAUUGAGGAGCAGAUUCCCUGACACCUUUAAAUGAACAUGUGCCAGUGGCCUUUGGCAGUUUCUCUGUUAAUAUUCAAAUGUAAAUUCGUAACUCAGGAGAUUGGACGCUUAGAAAUACUAUGGAGAAGAGUGGUGAAUAAAUAUGUAGCUUCCUUAUGAAAGUUUGUCACAAUGAUUAAAUUAGGAUGCUUAAAUCCAUUUUAGGGCUCUAAAGUAGGAGGAUUUUCAAAAGUGCUGAGCACCCAUUGGCUUCCAUAGAAGUCGGGGAACCUAAUUUUAUGCACCCAGGGUCUGACUAAGGAAAUAGCUCCAUUGACUUCAGCAGGGUUUGAAUCAGACUCAUAGGUUUUGAAAACCUUGGUUAUAAGGGCCCAUGAAGUCACGUUUCCUCUAUUUGCCUAAUGUUAGUCUCUCUAAAAGGUGCGACAUUCACAAUCCAGUGAAACCUUUAAAAAUUGAAUAUUUUGUACUCAGGACCAAUAUAUCUAGAGCAAAAUCAUUUGCUUAAUUUAUAUAUUUUUCUGUGGAACUUUCUGUCAGUCUAGAUUAGGUCUGUGCUUCAAGGCAGCUUUCAAAUCCCUUUUGUUAAGCAUGACUUUUAUGUAUUUUUUUUAUCACUUGUUUUACAAUCUUAAAUUUAGUGUUCUUUUAUGGAUUGCUUUAAUGCUCUAGGGGGUGGGUUUAAUACAUGGUAAUAAAUUACUUGAACCAUUUUUUGUUUACAAUAUUUUUAAAAAAAUUGGAACAACAGGAAGAGCCUUACAUCUAACAUAAUCUCUCUCUCAGCAACUUGAGAGACCAUGAGGGUAAAGAAGGGCAAAUUUUAUUUCAAAAUGAAGUAUAUAAUUUGUCUUAACUAUAUUGUGUUUAUGAGCUUUGUCAUGAUAAGAUGAAAAUUAGUUAAUUUAACAGAGCAGUAUCAGUCCUUUGGCUAAUGUACUCAUUAGUACAUUUCAGAUAGCUAAUUGUUUAUGGCAGCAUUAGCAAUCAAUUUUGUAUAUUUAUUAGAUACACCAACUGCUACUGUAGCACGUGAAAGAAAAACUUGAAUGUGGAACAGUAAUUUAGGUAAUUCAUUUUGCCUAGCAGUUUUCCACAUAUGAUGGGAGAAGAUGCUGAAUUUCUUAUAUAUUAUGUAUGUAAAUGUAUGUGAACUGUUGGAUACACAGCGUUGUUUUGUAUACAAAAUAUUACACUGUGAAUAUUUAAUGUAUUCCAAUACCAUUGUACUUACACUAUAUAACUGCGCAAAAACUGCUUGACCGUGAAGAAAAAUAUAAAAUGUGAGAGCUGACUACAUUGGCAAGUAUCAUCACACCUCUGUACAUCCUCAAAAUAGUACCCAUCAUUAUAUUGCAGUUGUCAUAAAAUAAAAUUACGAGAACUCC